AAGCUUCUCGUGGCCAGGUGUCUUGGCACUUUAUAUACAUAGCAGACUAAAGUCAACUUUAUAAAAUCUUAAGAAGUACGCACGGCAGGAAGUAAGAAGUGCAAAGGCACUCGACGUGGGGAAAGUCCUACGCUCCCGAAAGCAACAGGUGCAUGUGAAAUCAUGUGUGACCAGCCAUGGGACAACGUUCCUAAUACUGGUUGGACCGGUUCCGUUCCCUGCUUACAGCUCACAGCGUUCUCGAGGUCAUAGUAGAGUCGAGGCCCCAAAGAAUCAUAGCAUUCCAUCGGACGCACUACCAGAAGUCUUUACCACAUUGGCUUCGUUCAGGGACUGAAGGUAAGCAUCAGCAACCGCGGCCAGACGUAAGUACAGAGGGUUAGAAGCGAGGAAAGAUCUGCCCAAAGCAACAGGUCUGUGAAACCAUGUGUGACCACGCAGUGAAGUUCGGGGUCUGUCUGGGAAUCCUUGAAGCCGCCAUCUUGGCGCUGGUGCUCAUGGGCGCCAUUUUCGCACCAGUCGGACUAAAAGAAGACACCUUCCGCGAAACCACCUGCACGGUGGUUGAAACUGAGGACUCCGGUGAUGAUUACUGUUUUGGGUUUCCAUUUUUCGAUGCAUCGAAAAGCUACUACCCGUGUUUGAACGUCACUAUCGAGUACACACCUGAAAAUGGCCGGAACAAGAGUCAAAGCCAGAUACUGGAGUAUAUCAACAUUAUCAAGUAUGAACCAAAGUGUUCUUUCUACCCGGUUCCCUGCCGCUACAACGCUACAGCCAUUGACAAGAGGGUUGACAACUACCGGAAAGAAUGGGGAACCGUUGGUCGACAGUAUCCGUGCUUCUACAAUCCAGUAACCAGCAGUGGCGAGGUAGUGCGUACCAUCCGCUAUGGGAAGUGGGGAGCGUUCCACAGCCUGUUCUGGCCGUGUCUGGGGCUACUGCUCAGUGUUCCCGCAACGUACUACACCUGGAGAAAGUACAUAGUAGACUACCGCCUUAAGAAGAAGGGACAGUAAAUUAUAUAAAGGGGCUUCCUCUUUGUUUUUAUUACAAACCACGGUUGAGAAGUAUUGGCGAUGACCUUUUUGUUGAGUAUCGACUGUCUAGGACUCAAUAGAAAUGUAGAUGGCCACAUGUACAUACACUGCAUAACGUUACAAAAGACUAAUAUGUGAUAGAAUACAUCAAGUAUAAAUUACAAUAUUCACACCACAUAAUACAUUAUGACUUGAAUAAUCAUUUUGAAAUUACUUUUAGAAUCAUGAAAACUAGUACUUUUAAUUGCUAUUGCUAUAUACUACGUAUAUAUUGUUAAAAUGAUGCAAUUAAAGCUAACACAACAUUAUAACGAUUAUACCAUUGCUGCUUAAACAUAUAAAUUCACAUCACCGUUUUACAAUAAGCAAUUGUAUACGCAUUAUAGACACGGAACAAAUAAAAAAGGAGUUUUCUAAUUGUGACCCAAGCAUUACAGGGGAGCCGUCAUCCUGUGAUUGAAAGUGUCAGCAGCGACAUCUUGCGGUAUUCAAUUUCCAAGUCUUGCCAAGGACAUCAACAAGAAAUCGAAGACAUCAUAUCACCAUUACUUUUGUUGUAAAUUCAUAAGUCAUCGAUGAUUCUGUUUUCUUCAUAAAACAUAUGUAACCAUGCCAUGCCAUGUCCAUUUCACAUAUUACAUGCUCUUCUCCCGGGUACAAUUUUGAUAAAAUGCACAAAAUACAUAAAUGCGGUGGCCAAAUGACACUGUCACAAAAGUAACAAGACUGCUUAUCAAAAAUUGCCAUGGCGGCCAUUGUUUUCUCUACAGUUUCGUGGUAUAACAAUUCUCCGUCCUAUUUGAAGCUAAAGACCAGCUAAAACUCUGCCAAUAAUCUCUCCUUCAAUAGGCUAGGCAGUAGGAAAAAAAGAAUGUUAUUCUUCUUGGUUAUAGUAUUUUCAGCUACAUAUAUAUAUAACACAAAAACGCUUCACUCGUAGUAUGAUAGUAUCACUUGAAGAGGAAAACACAUUUAUCGGGCAACUUUAUGGAUAAUUCUUAUAAUCAAUAAUAAAAAAAUUGCUAUAAUAAUGUUUAGGAUAGAACUUCCGUUCAAUGGAUAAGUUCAUCGUUAUCAAAAUUAGGAAUUUAUUUGCAUAAUCAAUUAAAGAAUCAUAUGUGAAACUAGUUGAUUUGGUAUUCACUGAGCUUCUCUUGUUUGUUUUAAUUGCCAAGGAUCGUUGGAGAACCGGUUGACAAUAGUAAGGAUCAUUCGACUCCUCGCCUA